AUGAAUGAAGAAAAUGAUGAGGUUGAGAUUGGUGAGACUGGACUGGAGAAUACAAUGAGCCCAAAAGAAACAACACAAGAACCUAAGAUAAAUAUGAUUUUUAACACAGCUGAUGAGGUAGAUUCCAGGAGUAGGGCAGCAUAUGAGGAAUUUGGUGAUGCCAUUACAUUUGACACAACCUACUUGACAAAUAAGUAUGACAUGCCAUUUGCUACAUUUGUAGGUGUCAAUCAUCACAGGCAUUCAAUUUUGCUUGGAUGUGGACUGAUUUCAAGUGAAGAUACUGAGACAUUUGUUUGGCUAUUUAAAGUGUGGCUGGCAUGCAUGUCUGGGCAUGCUCCUUGUGGGAUAAUUACUGAUUAA